UAUUCAGUCAGCAUCUGCCCCCCCCUCCCCUCUCCCCCUCUCUCUGCGAAUGGCAAGAAAAACCCUGCUCAUUUUGGCAUUGGCAAACCUCUUAAUUGGCCUAGCUGCUGCAGACUGGAACAUUUUGAACCAAAAAUGGAAAAAUGCAAGAGGAGAUAGCUUGAAAAACUACUGUGAAAGUUGGAGGAUCAAUGUUGAGCUACACAACAUAAGGGAGUUCGAAGUAGUGCCCCAAGAAUGCGUACAUUACAUCAAGAAGUACAUGACUUCAUCUCAGUACAAGGCUGACUCUGAGAGGGCAAUCGAGGAAGUGACACUAUACUUGAGCAGCUGUUGCUCUUUGGGAGGUGACGGUCAAGAUGCGUGGAUUUUUGAUGUUGAUGACACGCUCAUUUCUACCAUUCCCUACUUCAAGAAACAUGGUUUUGGGGGAGAGAAGCUGAAUUCAACUUCUUUGGAGGCAUGGAUGAAAGAAAGCAAGGCACCAGCUCUAGACCACACACUCAAGCUCUUCCACCAGAUCAAAGAUAAUGGGGUUAAAAUCUUUCUAAUCUCUUCAAGAAGUGAAACCCUUAGAUCUUCUACUGUUGAUAACCUCAUCAAGGUUGGAUACCACGGAUGGGCUAGUCUCAUCUUAAGGGGUCUUGACGAUGAAUACAUGCAAGUGCAAGAAUACAAGUCCCAGGUGAGAAAAAAAUUAGUGGAUCAAGGGUACCGCAUAUGGGGCAUCAUUGGAGAUCAAUGGAGCAGUUUAAAGGGCCUCCCAGAUGCAAAGAGAACAUUCAAGCUACCAAAUUCCAUUUACUACCUGUCUUGAAACUUGACCUGAAAUUCUGCUGAAUCAAUUAUAAGCAUGCCUAAACUUUUACAAUCUACAGCUUUGUACUCGACUUAAUCAAAAUUAAACAUCGGUUAUUGUUGUCCUUGAGCUUUGUAUUUGCUUGUGGUUGUUCAGUAAUAAAUAUAUUUAUAUAUUUCAAUCGCAGAGCAGUCGGUUGCAUAA